UCGAAUUCUGGAACACAGACUACUAUUUGGCUGAUAGUUGGCAGUGAUAAGAAGUGAUCCACUAUGGACAAGAGUAUGCUAGGAGAUCUGCAAUCGCUCUCUGAGGAAGAUAACAUCAAAAUGUCUGCGAUGAUCGAGCAGCUCCAAAUCCGCGAUAGUUUGAGGAUGUACAACUCACUUGUGGAGAGGUGUUUUAAUGACUGUGUUGACACAUUCAAGCACAAGUCCCUGCAGAAGCAAGAGGAGAGCUGUGUGCGGCGAUGUGCUGAGAAGUUCCUAAAGCAUUCGAUGCGAGUUGGCAUGAGGUUCGCAGAGCUCAACCAAGGUGCAGCAACACAGGAUUAAGAACAAGUUACCAUAUCUCAAUAAGGAUUGAGGAGCCAAUUUAUCGUCUCAUUUCUCAGUCGGUGUAUUAGACAAUGUCUCAACAUAACAAAUUUCUCGCUUAAGCCCAUUUUGCCAGGGGCGAAAUAGCAUGUUCUAGUUUGUAGAUACAAUGCCAUUACUCCCUAUAAAGUUUGUGUCCUUCAAGUAAGGUCUUUGCUGGCCUUUUUGUUAUGAAAAAAAAAAAAA